GAGGCUGCGAUCGGUUAGUCUCUUUGCUCACCUGAACAGGGCACGUACGUAACGCACAACAUCCGAGAGCGAGCUGGUCACGUUUGGGGGCUCCUUGCGGUGUUUGUUGUAGUUUGGUUUUCGAUAGCGGGUGUGAUCGGUGGUUCCAUUGAAAAGAUAUAUUUACCUCCCGCGGAACGUAGACCAAGUCUGGACGGUUAGCGCGCGAGUUACAGCAGAGUUUAAGCUGAAAAGAAAAGUGGAGAGAAAAAGAGACUUGUAAAGGUUGCUUACAAACCAUAUAACCUUACUGAGGUGCUUUCGUGUUUGUUGGCCCAAAAGCCUACGGUGAAUCGUGUUGAAAUCGGAUUGGGGUCACCGUAAAGUAAAAGAAGCAAACAAAAUAGUGAAGCACACAACAAUGGUACUCCGCAGUAGUAGCAGCAGCGUUGUGUUCCCAGGUGUUUUAGUAGCAGUCCUCGCCCUGAUUGCGUUGACGCCGGCAGUAGAGAGCAGGUUUGCGAGACGCUUUCCGUCCGAUUUUCGCUUUGGUGUUGGCAGCUCCGCGUACCAGAUCGAGGGCGGAUGGAACGCAAGUGGCAAAGGUGAAUCAAUCUGGGACCGGAUGACGCACCAACAUCCGGAGAAGAUUGAAGACGAAAGCAAUGGAGACGUUAGCUCGGAUAGCUAUCACAAUUGGCGAAGAGAUGUCCAGAUGGUACGGGAGCUUGGGGUGGAUGUAUAUAGGUUUUCGCUUUCCUGGACACGCAUCAUGCCGAACGGGUUCCUGAACAGCGUUAACAAGGCCGGCAUUGCUUAUUACAGCAAUCUGAUCGACGAGCUUAUAAAGUACAACAUUACACCAAUGGUGACGAUUUACCAUUGGGAUCUACCGCAUCGCUUCCAGCAGCUGGGCGGUUGGAACAAUCCGGAAAUUAUUGGCUACUUCCAGGAGUACGCUAAGGUAGCGUUUGAACAGUUUGGUGAUCGGGUAAAGAUUUGGACUACGAUCAACGAACCGUGGCAUGUGUGUGAACAUGGCUAUGGUGUGGACUUUAUGGCACCGGCUCUCAACUAUCCAGGCAUUGCAUCGUACCUGUGUGGACACAAUCUCCUGAAGGCACACGCUGAAACGGUUCACAUGUAUCGAAGAAUCUUCCAACCGAAGCAGCAGGGCAAGAUUGGCAUCACGCUUGACACAUCCUGGCCAGAGCCGGCGACCAACAGUGAGGACGAUCGUAUGGCUUCGGAAAUUGCAGCCCAAUUCUAUCUAGGCUGGUACGGUCAUCCAAUCUUUUCCGAAACGGGCAACUACCCGCAAAUUAUGAUCGAUCGCAUCGGUGCGAUGAGUCGACAGCAGGGCUAUACAAAGUCACGACUACCGACCUUCACCAAGGAGGAGAUCGAACGCAUCAAGGGUACGGCCGACUUCUUCGGCAUUAACUCGUACACGAGUGUGCUGGUGCGGAAGAACGAUCGCAACAAUUCGGCCAACUUCCCGGUGCCGUCCUUCAACCACGAUAUGGGUGUGGUAGAGUCCGCAGAUCCUGACUGGCCAAAGAGUGGUUCCGUCUGGUUGCAUGUCGUACCGUCCGGUAUGAAUAAGCUUCUGAACUGGAUACGGCGCGAGUACAACAAUCCGACAGUGUACAUUACGGAGAACGGUGUGAGCGAUCUUGGUGGGACGAACGAUGUGAAGCGUAUCGACUACUUCAAUUCGUACCUGGAGGCCGUUAUGGAUGCGAUGGAAGAUGGGUGCAACAUUCAGAUGUACAUUGCGUGGAGUUUGAUGGAUAGCUUUGAGUGGAAGGCAGGCUACACUGAAAAGUUUGGUCUAUACCAUGUCGAUUUUACCAGCCCGAACCGGACACGCACACCGAAAGCAUCCGCCAAGGUGUACGCAAACAUCGUUCGAACGCAUCAGAUCGAUUGGAGCUUCCGGCCUACGCCGGAGGUGUUCAUUCUCGCACCGUCCCCGUACCAGUCGAGCAGCAAUCGGUUGAGCAUUACGAUACCGGUGGUGUGCUUGCUGGUGGCCUCCAUUGGUGCACUAGUCAAAGUUCUGUGCUGCUAACACAAACGCGCGCUUUACGAUCUCGCCCGCCCUGGAUGGAUGCUGAAGCGGGUGCUACUUGUAAGAGAUUUAUUUAUGAUCCCCCCUCCCGUACGUGAAGCGUACGACUCUGUGUGCCUUGUGAGAUAGUUAGUUAGGGUAUAAACGCUAGCCUAUUGAUAACGAAAAUGCUACCAAUAAAGACGUGAAAGUAUUACA